ACAGCGGAAGUGGGAUCCAUGUUGGAGUAGUCGGCUCGCACAGGGAACUUGCUACUCUUUGGGCGUAAACUGCAGUGUCCUUAGUGGGGCUUCGUUGCGGCCAUGGGUCAGGCACGUUUGAAGACUUUUUUGGGCGUUUUCAUCGUCUUAGACAUGGCGGUGGCACAAGUGGCGCCACCUAGCAACGUGACGCUGCACUGCGGCAACCUGCAGAACAAAUUGGUUUGGAGCUACGACCACCCGCCUCCAGGACUCCGAUACAGGGUGGAUGUCGGCCAGAUGUCGGACACAAAUGGAGCGAUCGAUCCACUGUGGGUGGAACCUCCCAACCUCCAAGCUGACGUGUCCUUUCUCUCGGACCCAAGCAAUGAUUACCUCUUGACUGUGACCGCCGUCCUCGGGGAGGACCAGUCCGAUCCCGCCCCAGCCGACGGCAUCAUCUUCAGCUACUACAUGGACUCACCGGCGACCCAACGAUGUUCUCUGGACCUUCCACCUGUGACCGUGUUGGAACAACAGGACCACACCAUCCUGCUCAGCUUUGAGCAUCCGUGGCUCUUUUACCACCAGAGACUUCCUCCCGCUUUGCGCUCCAGAAGCAGAAGAAAGAGGAGACACGAGCAGCCCGACAACCCUCUUCCUGUCUUCAAAUACGACGUCACCGUCAACGAGAAGCAGUUUGCCGACCUGAGCUGCUCGCUGCAAGUAUGCGAGCGGAAGCUUCCUGUGGACGUCGCCCAGCAGAAGCACUGUGUGACCAUCAUGGGGGAGCUGGAGAAAAUUAGCGUUCAUGGGACGCAGGACUACUGCGCCCAUCCUGUGGCGGGAAACAAUGUAGUGGUUGUGUCUGUGUUGGUGUCCCUGCUGGUCCUGGCUGGAGUUUCUAUCCUCCUCUUCAUGUACUUCAGAAAACGCACCAAAGCCACAUUCCCUCCACCAACCUCCCUGGAUUUCACAGACACCCCCCACUCACCAUGCACCAUGAGGCUUGUCCAGGAUACGCCUGAUGUGCCCGAGACGGGGUUCUCCUCGACCUCUGUGCAGGAUGAAACACCGCCUGACAACCCCAUUGCCGAGCAACAUAGCCUCCAUCGCGAGGAGGGUGAUGGAGAUGCUGCGGCGGCGGAGGAGGAGGAGGAACAGGAGCAGGAACAGGGUGGUUACAUGGGCGGGGACAUCUUGGAGGAAGACGUGGAAGAGUCGGAGAGCGCUUACGAGCAACGAUGACACAUGCGGCCUGAAGAAGAAACCACAAAGUGCGACUGGCUGGAGUGUAACCGUCGUAGGUAAAAUGUUUAGCAUUACUCUAUCCUAAUUUACAACAGGAACAUCCUGCUCUCCUUUGCUUUAAAUAGAUCGAAAUAGUUACUGUUUUGUGUGUUAAGCCUGUCAAAUUUCCUUUUAUUUGCUCAAAUUAUUUUUUUUGCCCACACCGUGGUUUGAUGUGGGAACAAAUAUUGAGCAAAAACAGAGAAAGAAUGGACGGGCAUAGCCGAGGACUGCUAUUUGAGGGGCUUGUGUCAUCAUGACCGUGACUGAAAAUGAGAAUGGAUGUACAGUAAUUAGCAUUAGCAACGCGCUAGCUCGCCAACGGUUAAGAGCUUCAGCACAUCACUAAAAACAUUAUAGCGAUCCACUCAAACGUAUUUAUUAUGUAUAUAGUGUGAAACUAAGACAGGAGCAACAUGAAAUGAAAAGCACUAAUUGAAUACAGACCCACUUUCCACCAGUACCGGCCUGGACUGUUCAAUAUCGGCAUUAGCACGAUUAGUAAGGUCGUCAAAUGUUCCCUCUAUGCCUUCCCCGCAUACUAGCAGCUUUUGGGGCCAAAUAUGAUGCAAAAGUAUACUAGUAUGGUCAAAUUUAGAUGGUUUAAAUGUAGAUGUUGCGUUCAAGGACCAGCAAACAAAGUGGGACAAGUCACCCUUCACAUUAAACGUCAAACAGAAACUCUGGGAUUUUUAGCUGUAUAUAUAUUUUUGGAAUCAAACAGUGUCCCAUAUUUCCAAAGUGUAGUUAUUUUGAGGUUUUUGUACACAGUAUUGAAUCGUUCAGCGUCUUAAGCUGUGCACCUACUGUCCAUUUGAAUGGAAUAAUAGUUUACCACAAAUAUUUACAUCCCAGCUUGGAGAUAAAAACAUCUAUCUGCGAUUAAUUGCAAUAAAAUACGAGUUAACAGUGGAUAAAUGUGAUUAAUUGAUGAAAUAUGUGCAAAAUAUAAACAGGCCCAGACAUCGAUUCUUCCUCCCACAAAGAUAAAAGGCAUUAAGAUGCGAAUCCUAACGUGGCCACUAGAUGGCAGUGUUUCUCUUCAUGUUCUUCACCUUUGCUUGAUGGCAUUCAGAGCGCUCUUGUGUAGGUGAACCACUACACCACCAUGGCUGAGUUUAUUUCUUUACCUUCUAUUCUGUGGUAUAUUUCCAAGCCAAGGUCCGCUGCUGUGUUUGUGUGUACAAGUGUGUACAAGUUCUCUAAGCGCAUUUUGUGCUCACAAGAUGUGUGAAUUGAAGUGAGGAAAGGACAGAAGAUGCGUCAGAGCCUGCAGGAGGGGGGUAACGUUUUUUGCCUCCAAAGUCCAUUUAAAGCCGACCGUCUCCAUGUGACCUGGUCCAAAACCUGAGUGUGCUGGUCAGGAGGCGCUUGGUUUUUAUUUGCACGUAUAAUGUUGCACCUUAAUGGGACUUUAGCAUCUUGACGGUGAUGCACUGGACUACUAUUGUUACUACUGUCACUUCCCUCGUGCUGUAGUUAACCCCGUCCCCAAAUGAAAAGACACUUUAAUCAAUACUAUCUUGAUUUAAAAUUAUUAUUUUUUUAAUAAUUCCACUAUCUGUUGUCUUUAAAAGACAGAAAAUGCACUUUUGUAUGUUACGCUACGAAUUGUAAAGUGGAACCUUCAAAAUCCCGAAUGUUGUGAACGUUGUACAAUUUGAGUUCACCCCAAGUUGGGGAUUCACAACAUCAUCAACAGCCAAUCAAAUUGGAGCGUCACCUUUUCAUUUCAGUCUUUUAUGAUCAUGAUGAUAACCAUAGAACCAGAAAUGGCACUCAGUUCCAUAUGAGCAUUGUAUUGUAUUACAGUACAGUAAUACAGCAAGUUGCAAGUUAUGUCUGUCAUGUUUAAAUGUCUUUUACAAUCACAUGGUCUUCCAUACUCCAUACAGUUUUUUUUUUUUUUUUAAUUAAAGUCAACGUGAGAAAUAAAUCAGUGGUGGUGUUGGU